CGUCUAUUAUUCAAUUCAAUUCGUUUCGUAUCUCGUUAUUCUUCUCCCCCCCCCCCCAUCUUUUCUCUUAUUCGUUUCUUAUUCGUUUUCUGCUGUUUUGUUAUACAAAAUCUCCCUCCCCUGCCCAAAACAAAAACAACGGGUGUUGUACGCCCCUCCCUCCCUUUCAUCCCGUCUUCUUCUCGCGUCUUCUUCAUUCGCCUUUUUUUUGUUGAAUCAUCUAUGCCGUCUUGCCGUUUAGUGUCGUCUUUAUAAACAAUCACGAAGAAAAAGAAGAAGAAGAAAUCAUGAGUGUACGGACUUUUGCGGCCACCGUCGCCGGCAUCAGCUACUUCAUCACGAUCCCAUUCCUCAUCCUCGUCCUCAUCGGCAACACUCACAUCAACCCCGUUCUCGACGACAUCUUCUUCUUCAAGCUCGACGUCUCUCACAUCAUCCCCAUUUCGGUCGAAAACUCAAAUCUGCUCAACUCCGUUGCGCGGAGUCUCGGCCUCCAUGACUUUUAUCAGGUUGGUGUGUGGAGUUACUGCGAGGGAUACAAUGAUGAAGGCGUAACCUUCUGCUCCCCCCCAAAAUCCUUCUUCUGGUUCAAUCCCGUCGAAGUCCUCGUGGGCGAACUCCUCGCCGGCGCCAAAAUCGCCCUCCCCUCCGAAGUCGUCACCAUCCUCACCCUCCUCCGCAUCGGAUCCCAAGUCAUGUACGCCUUCUUCAUGUCCGGCAUCGUCCUCAACUUCGUCCUCCUGCUCGCCACCCCUCUCGUCCUCCGAACGCGAUGGUUCAGCCUCUUCACGUCCCUCGUCGGCGGCGUAGCGGGCAUCGUCCUCACAGUGGCCGCAAUCAUCGCCACCGUCAUCAGUGUUGCCGCCAAGAUUGCCCUCACGGCGCAGGACCAGCUCAACAUCCAGUGCGAUAUUGGCGCCAAGAUGUUUGCCUUUAUGUGGAUUGCCGCCUUGUCCACGGAUUUCGCAUUCCUACUGCACGCCGCCAUGGGAUGCUGCUGCGCACCGGAAAAGAGAAACGGCUCCAGAAUCGGAUCGCCCUCUGCAUCGACCAUGCAAGAGAAGCACGACUCUUACACAUUGCCCAACUUUAUUCGUCGGAGAAAGGGCAUGUCAUGAAGAUUAUUCUAGAGGAUAUAAAGGGGAAAAAGGCGUAACAAGUUUUGAUUUUUUUCGGCUUUGCUUUUAUUUCUAAUCAUUAAGAGUUUGGCUUGGGAGCGGCAAGGCAGCAAUCAUAUACAAAGAGGGACUCACGAUCAGGCUUGCAGUGCGCACUGUCUUUGAUGGGAAAUGUGUUCACUAUACGGGCUCAUAGAUGCAUUUUUUUUAUUUUAUACAAUUAUUAUGCCGCAUAUUAACGGAGGAUCCUAGUCGGGCGAAUGAGUUUCAUCAAAAACGACAUUGAUAGGCAAUUGCAAAAUGGACAUACCGAAUGUAAUCAAAUACUAGAGCCAGUCAAAAGUCAGACUGGGAAUACGAAUCGAGACGCUGUCGACGUUUGAAUCACCCAAUAAAAUCAACAUCG